GUUUGACCCCUCAUACCGCCCUUCAUGUAACAAUCUACCUGCGCUUGUUCUUUCUUGAGUUCUGCUCCAACAACUCUUUCUCAAGUUCUUAUCCUGAUUUCCAAUACUGGGACCAUGGAUUUUCCGUCUCCCUGCGGAAGCGGCCCGCGUCCUAGGUAUUCCGUAGAGCAACAGUCUCCAACCCCAUACCAUCCAUUCAGCAUGAUUCGAAAGACAUACCGUCAGGCCACGGAUCCGAAUGCAUCCCCAGGAAGGCGCUGCUCAGGCCGUAUCUAUAACGCGGCAAUUCACGAAGAUCCGGCAGGCAGAAAAAAAUUGGAACUGGAAUUAUUAGACCCAGAAGAUGUGGAUCUAGAAGAAUUGGUGCCAGUAGACUGGAUUCCAUCAAACUGGGAUCCAGAAGGCUCGGAGCCAUUGAAGAUAUUAUGUGCCGGGGGUAAGGUCAUGGUGAUCGACCCAAUCGAACCGGCAAGAUUAGGAUCAAAGAGGACACACGCAAGGUCACAGUCUCCGAGUCCGGAUAAGCGACAGAAGACGGAGGGGAGGCCGCCAAAGAGGAAGGAGGCGCCAGAUGGCACUCAGCAUGCCCCCUUCGAGAUAGAAUCUAGUCCCGAGCCGGCACCCCGUAAAGCUUCGAAGCGAGCCCGCACCGACCAUCGAUGCCCCACACCCCCUGCGCCUUCACGACACCCUGUGAAGUCGGGCGUUGCUCCAGUCGACGUCGAGCCUGAACUUUGUGACGAACAACGAAGAGUGGUGGAACUCAUCCUUCAGGGUCAUAAUGUGUUUUACACGGGCUCCGCUGGAUGCGGGAAGUCUACGGUCUUGAGGGCAUUUGUGAAGGAGCUAAAAGCGCAAGGAAAGAAGGUCCGCAUUACUGCGCCAACAAAUAUUGCCGCACUCAACAUCGGUGGCAUCACGACCUGAUGAAAUUAGCAUGGUCGAGAAUCUUUUCUUUGAGCGCCUAAACGCCGUGCUGAAGGAGGGCAGGGAGAACGAUGAGGCUUUCGGUGGCAUCCAGCUCAUCGUGACCGGGGAUUUCUGCCAACUGUCGCCGGUUAAACCGUUCAGGUCCUGUAUAUUGAAUGCGGAUCAGAGCUUGUCGGGAACCACAAAUGGAUGCCCACGG